CUAUGUGCGUUGCUAUGUACGUUGCUAUGUGCGUUGCUAUGAGAUAAUAAAUAACACCGAUGAUUUACUCUCAGUGUUCAGAAUGAUCAGAGGUCUUUUCCCCUUUCUACUCUUAAUCCAUUCAACAGCUACUUCUUAUAAAGGGGAGAAAGUUUACAGACUAGCCCUGGCGACAGAGAGGGAUGUUGAGGACGUUUUUAGUUUUAUUGAACAUACUCGAGAUUAUUUAGAUUAUUGGUCUACGGAGUUGCAUGUCGGAGGACAUGUUGAUGUUCGGUUAUCAAAACAGCAAGCUCAGCUCCUGGAAACUCAGCAGCUGCAUAACAUCUCAUAUUCUGUUCAAAUAGAUGAUAUCCAGAAACUUCUCAGUCGGAGUGGAAGCAGCAGGACGAAACGCUCGAGCGAUGUUGACUACGUUUAUACGAAGUACAACAACGCAGCAGCUACCCACAGAGAGAUGUACCGAUUAGCAGCCCUGCACCCCAACAUUACUAGACUUGUGGGCGUCGGGAGUACCCACCAGGGCAGACCUCUCCUAGUCAUGGAAAUAGUGGGAACAAAUAAGGAGAGGAACUGCCCGAUGGUGUGGGUGGAUGGAGGUCUCCACGCCAGAGAAUGGAUCACUGUGGCUGCUUCAAUGCUCUUCAUUAAGAAGCUGUUAGAUGGCUACGGGACUGAUGACUACAUAACUGACUUGCUUGAUAAAACCAAGUUUGCGAUUCAGCCGCUGGCGAACCCGGACGGUUACGCAUACUCCUGGAAUAGUGAGAGACUCUGGAGGAAAAAUAGAUCACCUACUUCUGUAGCCUGGUGCAAGGGAGUUGAUCUGAACCGAAACUUCGACAUUAACUUUGGAGGACCAGGGGCUAGUGAUUUCUCCUGCUCUGAGAUCUACAACGGCCCCAACGCGUUUAGCGAGCACGAAUCACAAGGAAUAGCUCGUUACCUGUCCAGCGUGAGACACAAACUGCUGGCCUACUUCUCCUUGCACUCUUACGGGCAGAUGUGGCUCACACCUCUCAGUUACACCAGGAGGAAGGUUGAGGACCGCUCCGCACAUUUGGACGUUGCUGACCACGCUACACGGGCAAUAAGAGAGCUGACCGGACAUCGGUACUCUUACGGACCUGCCACAGUGCUCAUGUACGUGACGUCAGGAGACUCCUCUGACUGGGUGUACUCGGAGUUGGACUGUUCGCACACGUACGGGAUAGAACUAGGAGAUCUGGGACGGUACGGAUUCCUCCUCCCUCCCUCUCAUAUCAAACCAGCGGGGAAGGUGGUGUCAGCCGGAAUACUCUCCGCAGUGGAGUUCAUCGCGACCAGCCCCACCAACCUUACCGGCAGGAAGCGUCUCCGCAAGUUUCGACGGAGGAAAUGGAAAAGUUAAAUGAUAUUGGUUGUUUUGCGGAGUGGUUGUGAGGCGUUGCUUGGCAACACUAACGAAGUGGGUGCUCGACUUUUGAUCUCAGCUUUUCAUGUCCUUUCGUUAUUUUUAAUCCUUAGUUGCAAAACGAUGAACGCUGAAUUAAUUUAUAUAUUUAUUACAUUGAAAUAUUUGAUAUUUUGAUACAUGUACAAAUAAGAUAUUGAGUGUCGAUGGCUAACCCCAUGCUGCACGCAAUAACAACAUUAAACUCAUUUUAUUCUCUUGAGGUAAGUACCGUGAUGUGAGUUGUUUAACUUUCACUUUCACUUUCACUAUCCAUUAACUAACUCAUUUUAUUCUUUUUAGGUAGGUACCGUGUUGUACUAAACCGUCCCCCGUAAAUUCGAACUUUCCUUUUUCUUGACGACCCUGAAAUUGAUAAUUUAGUCAGAAAUUAUUUAGUAUACGAAAAUAACAUUUCCAAGACUUUAUUAUUAUUC